AAACUUCGUAAUAUGUCAGUUUUGUUUUGAAAACAAAGAAAAUAACCUCAAAACAUGAAAUUAAAUAAUAAUGAAAUCAUUUAUUUUUGUUAGCAAUCUUAAAAUAUUGCAGGUAAAAUUAAAAUGGAAGUGGAGCCAGUGAGUUUUAUAAGAGAGAGCACUCGUAAUCUAAUAAAACUUAGCCGACGCAUGCACAGGGAUGAGGAAAGUGAUUCGAGACGUUCUCUAAAAGAAACAAGUAUAACAUCAGAAGAUAUAGCCAGUAUAGCCAGUAAACUAAAAACAAAAUCUGCCAUCACAGUAACAGAUCUGAGAACUUUGAAGAAUGGUCUAAUGAGUGACACCAAACAUAUCGAAGUGUUCCUGAAUGAACACGGUGCUUUGAGAGGCCUGGUUAGGGAAUUGACAGGUUUAAAUGUAGACAAACAGUGCUUGGCGGCUGGGUGUUGCUGUAACUUGGCAUUAGGAGAUGUCAAAGCUUGUUCCACGGUUGCCAAGGCGGCUGGUUCAUACUUGGUGGCUGCUUUAGACAACCUAACUGUUGACUUGGCAGUAACAUGUGCAUGGACACUGGGUAACUUGGCAGGUUCGGGCAACAAAGUGUGCAGCAUCCUCGCAGCUCAAGGUGCGUUGUCCAAACUGAGUGACGUCCACACCAAUGAAGACCUGCAAGAUGCAGCUUUGUAUGCAUUGCUACACUUUACAUCACAGAUGAAGGAUCAACUAAAACCAGAACAUCUUCAAAAAAUCCUUCAAAUGUUACCAAAACUGGAACUCACAACAAAUCUAUUGCAUUUGCUCUUCAUACUAUCUUGUCAUGAUCAUUUCACCGAAAACAUGAGUGAACAACUACUAGAAAAACUUCUAAAAGACCUCCCUAGCGCCAUAGAAGAAUAUAACAGACAGACAAAAGUACAUUACAAGUUAUUGUAUAUAGUUAGAGUACUAGCUAACAGUGAUAAAAUGUAUGGGUUAACUUUGAAUUAUUGUCUCAAUAAUAAUGUUUGUGAUGGAUUCAAAAGUGUACUAAGUCGAAAUAAUUCUGUAAUAAAUAAUUCUUUGUUUUGGUUGCUAGGUAACCUCCAUAAGUAUUGUAAUGAUGAUGGUCUAAUUGUGAAGUUGUUAAGUUAAUGUUAAUAAAUCUUAUUAUUUUUUUCUUA